AUGGCGUCCGCCUCGAGCUCGCAGCAAGCGUCGUUGGUCCAAUUCGGCCAGAAGCACGUCACCCAUGGUCUCGGGCGCGUUGUUGAGGGGGUGAUAACCAAGGGAGAGGGGUCGUACGUGUACUUCAUGGACGGCCGGAAGAUGCUCGACUUCACCACUGGCAUCGGUGUCACUGGGCUUGGGCACUGCCAUCCGAAAGUCAGCGCGGCUGCGGCCGCGCAAUGCGUCGAUGGGAUCGUGCAUGUCCAGUGCAGCAUCGCGUUUCACGAGCCGUAUCUGCAGCUCAUCGAACGCCUUAUCCCCAUGAUGCCCGACCCGUCGUUGGACUCGUUCUUCUUCUGGAACUCGGGCUCGGAGGCCGUCGAGGCGGCGAUUAAACUCGCGCGGACGGCGACCAAGAGGCAGAACAUCAUCAGCAUGCAAGGCGCGUACCACGGGCGCACCUUCGGUGCGAUGGCCGUCACGAAGAGCAAGACGAUCUACAGCCAGGGCUUCCACCCGCUCAUGCCCGGAGUGUUCACAUGCCCCUACCCGUACUGGCACCAGCUCGGCGUUCCCGCCGACACCCCCACCGAGAAGCUCACAGAGACGUGCCUGAACCAGCUCAACCUCCUCUUCGCCCAGGCCUCCGCGCCCGCGGACACCGCCGCGAUCAUCAUCGAGCCGCUCCUCGGCGAGGGCGGGUACGUGCCCGCGCCGGCCGGGUUCCUGCAGGGCCUCCGCGCGGUGUGCGACGCGCACGGGAUCCUGCUCAUCGUCGACGAGGUCCAGUCCGGGUUCGGGCGCACGGGCACGAACUACUUCAUCGAGCAGGCGGGCGUGCGCCCGGACAUCCUGCUGAGCGCCAAGGGCCUCGCGAACGGCUUCCCGCUCAGCGCGGUCGUCAGCCGGAAGGAGCUCACGGACGUGCUCAGCCCGGGCUCGAUGGGGGGCACGUACGCUGGCAACGCGGUCGCGUGCGCGGCGGCGGUCGCGGUGGUGGACGCGAUGAAGGAGGAGAAGGUGCUCGAGAACGUCGCGGAGCGGUCGGCGGAGCUGUUCGCGGCGCUGAACGCGGUGCGUGCGGACGCGGCGCUCGGACGGACGGUGCUCGACGUGCGCGGGGCGGGGCUCAUGGUCGCGGUCGAGUUCGCGUCGCCGACGGGGACGGGCGCGCACGACGCGAUGCGCGUCGCGAGCGCGCCGGCGAAGAUGGCGAGCCGGGUGGCGAAGAAGUGCGUGGAGAAGGGGAUGCUGCUGCUGACGACGAGCGUGUACGAGGUCGUGCGGUUCAUCCCGCCGCUCAACGUCUCGCAGGAGGACAUGGCGAAGGGCUGCGCGAUCUUCCGCGAGGCGGUCGAGGAGGUCGUGCGCGAGGGGUGA